GGGAAGGACACACUUCUUAUACACAUAUAUUGCGCUUUCUAUACGCUUGAAGUUAAAUAGGAUUUUUUUCUUCUACAAACGGGAACGUAGUGCCGAUUAGGAGAUGAUUUUACAGCAUUUCCCCAGCAACCGACCAGCGAUUGUUCUUGUAUAAUACCAGCAAGCUGCAGUAACUGUUUUCUGACUUGAUUUCUCACAACAAUAAACACACACGCACCCCAAAGACACGGGUGCUCAAGUUUAGUAUGGACUACGAAAGACCCAAUGUAGAGACCAUCAAGUGUGUUGUUGUUGGAGACAAUGCUGUGGGAAAGACUCGCCUAAUUUGUGCCCGGGCCUGCAACACCACUCUGAACCAAUACCAGCUGCUGGCCACCCAUGUACCCACCGUCUGGGCUAUUGACCAGUACAGAGUCUGUCAAGAGGUUUUAGAACGUUCCAGAGAUGUCGUGGAUGAUGUAAGCGUGUCCCUCCGGCUGUGGGACACUUUUGGAGACCAUCACAAAGACAGACGCUUUGCCUACGGGAGGUCUGACGUUGUGGUCCUCUGCUUCUCCAUUGCCAAUCCCAACUCUCUGCACCAUGUUAAAACCAUGUGGUACCUGGAGAUCAAGCACUUCUGUCCACGUACACCUGUCAUCUUAGUUGGUUGCCAGCUGGACUUGCGCUAUGCUGACCUAGAGGCAGUCAAUCGGGCUAGACGCCCAUUAUCAAGGCCAAUUAAACAUGGAGACAUUUUGCCACCAGAGAGUGGAAGAGAGGUAGCCAAAGAGUUUGGCAUCCCAUACUACGAGACAAGUGUUUUCGACCAGUUUGGCAUCAAAGAUAUAUUUGACAACGCCAUCCGAGCUGCCCUCAUCUCCAGACGUCAGCUACAGUUCUGGAAGUCCCACUUGAGAAGGGUCCAGAGGCCACUUCUGCAAGCACCAUUUUUGCCUCCCAGAGCCCCUCCACCACUCAUUAAGAUUCCAGAGUGCCCAGCCAAAAACCGGGAUGGCCCGCGGCAGCUUCUUGAGAGCCCCCUUUGUGCUGAUGUUAUGUUCAUCAUUCAGGAACAUAUCCACUUAUUUGCCCACAGGAUCUACCUUUCUACCUCAUCCUCCAAAUUCUUUGACCUUUUCCAAAUGGACUUCUCAGAUGAGUCCCAGUGCUUGGUGGUAACUGAGCGUCACGGACGGGAUCAAUUAAUGCGCACCCUAAGCCUAGACACGGAAGAGGAUGUGGCUCUUCUCCCCAACCUUUUGCCUUGCUCACUCCGGGCAUCCAAGAGUGACGGUACCCUCAAAAUGAUGAGUUUCAGUGGAAUGCACCAUCGCACCAGGCUGUCACUGGCCUCCUGGAGCAAGGCCUUCUACAGCAUCCACAAGGAGAAUGUGAUUAACCCUGUUACGGGUACACCAGCUCUCAUGACAGUGGUGAAGAUGGAUCAUUCCAUCCAGCAUGGACCCUUUAUUGCCGUCCUACGCUUCCUCUACACCGGUGAGCUAGACGAGAAGGAGAAAGAUCUGAUGAAGAUCGCUCAGAUUGCUGAGAUCCUGGAGGUGUUUGACCUAAGGAUGAUGGUGGAGAAUAUCAUGAACAAUGAGGGCUUCAUGAAUCAGGAGAUCACAAAGGCAUUCCAUGUGAGAAAAGCCAACCGAAUCAAAGAGUGUCUUGCCAAGAAUAAUUUCACAGAUGUGGUGUUCAUGUUGGAUGAUGGCACCAUUAACGCCCACAAGCCUCUGCUGAUCUCCAGCUGUGACUGGAUGGCUGCCUUAUUCGGAGGCUCUUUCAUGGAGAGUGCAAAUGAUGAGGUCUUAUUCCCCAACACCAGCAGGGUGUGUAUGCAGGCAGUGGUCGAGUUUCUCUACACCAAUCAGCUGUCUCCCAUGGCAGACCUGGACCCAAUGGAGCUGAUCGCCCUGGCCAACAGACUGUGCCUUCCACGCCUCAUCGCCCUGACAGAGCAAUAUGCUGUGAGUGAGUUUGUUAAAGCCUCUAAAGAUGGACAGGACAUUGAUGGAGAGGUACUGACCUAUCUGGAGCUCGCUCAGUUCCAUAAUGCUAAUCAGCUUGCUGCCUGGUGCUUACACCACAUCUGCACCCAUUACAACAGGAUAUGUGCCAAUUACCGCAAAGAGAUCAAGUACAAAUCAUCAGAGAACCAGGAAUACUUUGAGAAGCACCGCUGGCCUCCGGUCUGGUAUCUGAAAGAGGAAGAUCACUAUCAGCGGGUGAAAAAGGAGAGGGAGAAAGAGGAUGUGGUGUUGAAUAAACAUCAUUCACGCCGCCACUGGUGCUUCUGGAGCACGUCUCCUGCUGUGGCUUAAAUUUCUACCAGCCCAUUCACAAGGCUCUUAAUCUCUCUAAAUAAUGUUUCUUUACAAAACCCAUUUCUUUCUUUCUUUCUUUCUAUUUGAUAAGACCCAUACGGCAAAAUAAAUAUUUUUAAUGUGUUGGAUGACAAAAUAUAUUAGGAAAUUGUAUUACAAAAAUGUAUAGUGUAAAUUAGAUUGAUACAUUAUAUGUUUAAGUUAUAUUAUAUUAUAUUAUGGCAAUUUUUGUAUAUUUUAAAAUUAAAAGAUAUAAAUAUUGCACAAAAUAUAUUUAAAAAAUAUAUAAAUUACAGCAAGUAUAAAAAGUACUAUAACAUUAUUUUUUGUUUUUGUUUUUUACUUUUCUUUUCCCCUUAGUACAUUUUAUAAUAUUUUGCAAUUUGAAUGUUUAAACAAAUAUAUUUCUGUUUGGAAAACAAAUAGUUUUUAGCCAUUCUGUUUAUAACAUAUGUUUAUAAAAAUAUGUUUAAAAUAUAUUUUGGCCAGAAAAAAAUUCAGUAAAUGUUUUGCCGUAUGGGUAUGAAAUUGGCCACGCUAAAAGAACAAUGUCCAAUCGGUUUAAAGCACAAUUUCAGUGUCCAAUCAAAUCCAACAAAUUAUGUGUAGUUGUCCACUGAACAUCUAGAGGUAAUGUAUAGGCCUAUUCUUUGUCAUGUAACGUUAAUUUAAUUUUUUAAAGCCACUGUUUUAGGCUUGUUUUGUCUUACAUCAGUGUUUUGUCUGUUUUUGCAGGCAUAAGAAUCUUAAAACUGUAAGACAAUUAGGGAAUCUGUUGAGUGUUGUUUUUUCUUGUCUAUAGGUGCUAUAUAUAUAUUUGCAUUAAUACAUAUUUCAAACUGUUAAAUGCUUAUGGCACUAAUUCUGUGAACAUCCAUUGAUUUACUAAAUCCAUUCAAUUUGCAUGGUACAAUUCUGCAUUCAGGCAAUUUUGGGCAAUGCAAUGGGGCUAGGUUUUAGACCAAAAACAGUGCUUGAGGUUCAGGCUUGCUGUAGUUUUUAAUCUAAUGGAUGUAGUUUGAUUGCUGUGUUUGUAAGAGCUUACAGCAUUCUCUGCUGCUGGGGCCAUAUAUUAAUAUCAGGGUCAGGAACUACAUAGCUGGGUCAUUCCUGUUAUGCAGUACAUUUUCAUCUCUGCAACAUAUUAAAAAAAAUAUGCUUGUGUUUUAAUUUAAUGAGGUAAUUUUAAACAUGAAGCAGACUUUCAGAAAAAUGCUUUGAUCAAGCUCAACACUUAGACUUUAAUAAUUGUAACUUGUAUAUUUACAUAUUGGCAAGGAAGUGCCUAACAGGAUGGAAAUAAAGAGUUUAAGUUAGGGAUUAACAACUAAUAAUUUUAUAUAUAUAUAUAUAUAUAUAUAUAUAUAUGUGUGUGUGUGUGUGUGUGUGUAUGUAUUUUAACAUUUAUGAUAUUAUUGCGAUUUAUGUAGUUUUAUCAAACAGAAUGGUAGGCUAUGUUUUAGACUUAGAUAUAUCAACUAAUAUCACAAAACAACACACAAGUUAUAAAAGGAACUGGUGUUUAUUGGUUAAAGGAAUUAUAAAACUAACAGGAUGGAAAGUGAUAUUGAGGACAUAGGAAAAAGCUACACAGUAGUUAAAGUACCAAUUAAAACUAUAUUUCUAAGACAACAUGUUUAGUUUGAAACAUUUUGAUUAAAGAACGGAAACAAACACCUGGAAUAUUUCUUAAUAAACUGCAACUCUUUCUGCUUUUGACAUGAGACAUGGCCCUGUGUUCACUUAAUAGUGAUAUUGUGAUUAAAGAAAUCUAAUUAAUAAGAUUUCCAUCUUUAAAAUUGUACAUUUUAUCCAAAAUGUUAAGACGUAUGAUUCACACAUGAAAGUGUACUGCAAAGUGAAAGUGACCCAGCUCUGUCCAAAGGGGCAAGUUUGUACAACUGCAAAGAAGCAAAAAUAUCUGUGUAUGCCACUUAAUCCACCUCCAGCUAUAGUUGACUACCAGUUUCAUAUUAUUUUUCUAUUUUAUUUUUUUUACCUAUGUUAACCUUGACAAACAACACAGUCACUUAUUAUUAGAAGGGCUUAGCACCAUGGCUUAGUUCAGGGCAUACCUUAACUAACAAAUAAUAAAAUAAAAUGUAACCACUACUCACACAUAAUACAUAUAAUACAUUAGCUCCACCAUUGUUGUGCUAGAAGUUACAUAUGUACUGUAGUGGAUAUUAACUUUAUUUACACAUGAAGGACUGUCAUAGUUCUCAGCUUUGUCCUGUAAUGAAUAAGUAAUGUAUGUAGAUGUUUCAUGGAAGGAUAUUACAGGCUGUUUUCAUAAGGAAAGAAUGUAUGUGUCGGUAUGUAUUGCACUCUUGAAGAUGAUGCAUGUUUUUGCGUAACGAAACACCUGGUUGUGUCAGUGUAUCCUAAACGAGACCAGACGAAUGGUGUAUUUGCCUAUAAAUAAAGGAGAAACAUUAAUACUUGAAGAAUAAUAAUAGUGUUUAGUCAUUACUAGUGUAGAUUCUCUUUAGUUUACCAAAGCAAUAUAUAGAUGAUCACACUCAAAAGAUACCAUGAUUGUGGUAUUAAAGAAAUUGUUGUUAACUAUUGUUAGCUGCUAAAAACCAAAUGGCUGGUUCAUUUGGUUCUUGCUGUCUAAAUGCCUUUGAUCUGGCUAAUUAUUAUCAUUAAUGUUGUUUGUUUAUUUAUGUACUUCAUUUAUUUUUUGAAAAUGGAAUAUUGUUGAAUAAAUUAUUGAUUUUA